AUGACAUUUCCCACUGUUUCUACUCCUGGACAUGCUCUUUUUCUAGCAGUAACCAAAAACAUUGACAAAUACCUCAUGGAUAUUAUUAAUAACAGAAUUAAAAAUAAAAUGGCAGAAUCCUUAUUUCUUAUAGCUAAUCAGAUUGUAUCAAUGUCUUAUGAACUUAAUUCUGAACAAAAAAUUGACAAAGAAACUUUAUAUUUCUAUCAAGAGAAUAAAAUGUAUAAAGACAAGAAUAUUAUAUUUAAUCAUGAAAAAGGAAUUAAUAAUAAAGUAUGUUAUAGAUUAGCUCGUGAAAUAACAUUGUUGCUAGUGAAUACUGAAGAUAGUGAAAUUAUUAAAAUUCUUCAGAACUAUAUAAUGAAAAAAAAGAAUGAAGUAAAUACAUGCAAUGAUGAUACUCAAAAUAACAAAAAAGAAAAUGACAAUAUUGUGAACAAAAAUCAAGCUAUAUCAGAAGAAGAUCAAGCUAUAUCGGAAAGAGAAGAUCAAGCUAUAUUGGAAGAAGAAAAUCAAGCUAUAUCAGAAGAGAAUCAAGCUAUAUCAAAAGAAGAAAAUAAAGCUAUAUCAGAAGGAGAAAAUGAUAAUAAUUCUACUGAUAAUGAACUAAUAUCCAAGUUUCACAAAAUGUUCAAAAUCUUCUUUAUAUUAUUGAAAAAAGAUGACCAUCUAAGUGUUGUUAUAAAAAUAACAUAA